AUGGACGGCCCAGUUCCUGUAAUAAGGGACAUCAACGACCUGUAUCCCCAAGAUGAUUUGCCCAAGCAGCGCGAUCGAUUCUCACGGCUGCUUCAGGCCUUCAAGGCCAGGUACCAGCAAAAUGCUCAAUUCGUAUCAAGGAGUCCGGGCAGAGUCAAUCUCAUUGGCGAACACAUCGACUAUUCGCUGUACGAGGUUUUGCCAAUGGCCAUCACUGCAGAUGUGCUCAUUGCAGUCUCGGUUGCACAGGAAAACAUUGCGGGCGCAAAAGUGAUUUGCGCUAAUGUGAAUGACGAGAAGUACAACACAGAGCAAUUUGACAUUUCCGCCGAAGGAAAUAUAGAGAUUGAUCCCUCAACGCAUCAAUGGACCAACUACUUCAAAUCAGGUUUCAGAGGUGCCGUAGAGUUGCUUCGCAAAUCUGACCCGAACUUCCAUGCUCGUGGUAUGCAUGUACUAGUUGACGGAUCAGUGCCUGCAGGAGCAGGUUUGUCAAGCAGUGCUGCUUUCGUUUGUGCAACUGCCUUGGCUGUGCUGCGCGCUAAUGGCAAAGAAAAAGUGGUCAAGGAAGACCUGGUACAGCUGGCUAUAGUGUCGGAACGCUCUGUUGGUGUCAAUUCAGGCGGCAUGGAUCAAGCGGCAUCCGUCUUCUCCAUUAAAGGAGACGCAGUAAGUGUUGAGUUCUUCCCAGACCUUCACGCCGAAACCAUCAAGUUUCCAGAGCUAGACCCUCCCAUGACUUUCAUGAUUGCACAAAGCUUUGUGACGGCCGACAAACAUGUUACAGCCCCUCAUCAGUAUAAUCUGCGCGUCGUUGAGUGCACACUCGCUGCAGAAGUCCUAGCAGCCAAGGAGAGCAUCAAAGUGUCAGACGAUGCUGGUCCUUUGGGACGAAGUCUUCGAGGCUUUCAGUCGGCCUUUGAAGAUGCUAAAACUAUUCCUCAAGAUCCUGCGCAGCUGAAGGAGAGAGUAAAAGGGGUACUUGAGCUCGUUUCAAAGCAUUUGACUAAUUCCCAAGAUUUUACUCGCGAGGACAUUGCGUCUGUCAUGGAUACUACCGUCUCUGACAUCGAACAACGAUAUAUGACAAAGUUUCCGGUUCAAGCUAAGCACUUUCAUCUCGGUGCCCGUGCAAGUCACGUUCUUCAAGAAGCUUUGAGAGUCCUAGACUUUAAGGCGCUUCUGAAAGACAAAGAUAACCCGGCGCUCUUGCCGCAACUUGGGAAGCUUAUGAACCAGACGCAAGAGUCUUGCCGUAACCUCUACGAAUGUAGUUGCCCGGAAAUAGAUUCACUUUGUGAUAUCGCACAGGAUCAUGGUGCUUAUGGUAGCAGACUGACUGGAGCAGGAUGGGGAGGUUGCACUGUCCACCUGGUUCCAAAGGAUAAGGUCGAGAGUAUAAAGUCUGCAUGGGAAGAGCAGUAUUACAGAGUAAGAGAUCCCUCUAUGACAAGAGCGAGGAUGGAUGAGACUGGUGCUGUGGUCGUCAGUGAGCCUGGACAUGGCUCGAUGAUCCCUCGGGCUGAACAGUCUGGUAUUACCACUGACGCAGCCUCGAUCCUGCAGGAGCAAAAGACGGAAAAUGGUGAUGCCACCCACAGACCCCGAAAUGUGCAGCAGCAAAAUGUGGAACAAAGUGCUACCACUCGUCAACUCUCGACCGUGCAGGAGCAAAAUUCGGCACAGGGUGUUACUACCCGGCAAAAUUCGACCGCGCACGGGAAAAAUGCGAGACAAUCUUUGGAUGGGGCAAACCAGCAUGUAGUACAAGAAAACAACGCAGCUGAAGGGCGCAACCAGUCGAGCGACCAGGACAAGGUCUUGCCUGCACCGCGUACUCCACAGCCAGAGAGUAGUACUUCAGCGACGAACCGGAAAACUGUUGGGGAACACCCUACAUCGAUCGAAUCGCCGCAAACUCCGCUGAAAGUCCCUAGUGAGGCGCGUCGUGGUCCCUCGAGGACGCAUGAGCACCGUGAAACAGAGGACUUGGAUAGAGUAGAACCACAUCCAGCACCAGCACAGCGUGCAGAUGGCAUGGCGAACACUGGGCUAGCGCAAAUGCAGCCUCAAUUAGAGACUUUUCCUCCGUACUCAGGUCCAAGAACUCCUUCGCCGAAGGAUUUGGGUCUUGAAGCGGUCAACGACCCAGUGGACGAGCCUGUAGAGCCUGAGGGAGUAUUAGGGUUAGCUGGACUUUGGAACACUGCUUCUCAUGAAUCAGAACAUCUUCCGGUCCAAGGAGCUGAGCUUCGGUCAACUCCCGGAGAGACAGCCUCAUCAAUCACGAGACCGAACAAGAGGAAGGACGCUAUCUACCCCCCAUCACAUGCAAGUGCCGAUAUCAACAGUAGCACUUCCGAAACUCAGACGAACGAUCAAGGAACACCCGUCUACGCUACCCCAGGUGACGAGUUGGCGCCGAACUUCAUUCCCCCGGAGGUAGGGCCUCCCUCGACUAGAACCGCAGAAGAAGCAGCACACCCUGCCGUUCAGAGGGUUGAUCGUCAUCGAGAAGCAAGCGUUACUUCUACCGGUACGGUUCGACAAGAUUCCAACGUCGCACCAUUGGGCCCUUUCGCUACGGAUAUUACUCCUAGGCCUCUUGGCAUACCUGACAACACCGACCGAGGUCAAAAUUUGACUCAGCUAUCAUCGAUACAAGUCGAGGGAAACCAAAUGAGUUGCGAAGCGCAGAAUGCUGAGGCACCAGAUGCUCGUCAUCCUCAAGCGGCGGGCGAUAGGGAUUCUAGGCCAACCUUACCUGCCUUAGCAAAUGGUCAAUCUCGUGACGAUGUGGCUCAUUGGAACAAUCAAUUAUAUACCGCAAGUCAGAAUGAUUCACAAAAUGCUACCGAUGCGGUCAACAAUGAGAACGCCAACCCAAACACUCCGCUUCCUGAUCAGGGGCGAGAUCCCACAGCUGGUCCUGUGGCUGCGUCAAGAGCCCGUGCAGCAAAGCAAGUAGCCAAGGUCACACUCCAUAAUCUAAGAAAUAUUACCAGAAGAGAUAGAGGCCCACCCGCCGGACCAAGCACUUGA